AUGGAGAAGAAAGAAUCAACAGUGUUAAGUCCUAAGGAUGACACCAGUCAAGGCGAGGUGCUGCCUUUCAGACAGACUCAGCGUGGUCUGGCUUCCAGACAUGUACAAUUGAUGGCCAUCGGAGGUUCGAUUGGUACUGGACUUUUUGUUGGUAUUGGAUCAUAUUUGCGUGAUGCCGGUCCCCUGUCUCUGUUUCUGGGAUAUCUUGUUUGGGGAUGUCUCUUCAUCCUGCCUGUCAAUCUGUGUGUCGGAGAAAUGGCUGCGUAUCUUCCUAUCCGUGGAUCGAUCUUCGAACUUGCUGCACGUUUCAUUGACCCGGCAUUUGGGUUUGCGAUGGGCUGGGUAUACUUCUACGGUGGUGUGAUGCUAGUAUGUACGGAAUACUCCGCCGUUGCCACCGUCAUGGGCUACUGGAACACGGGCGUCAAUCCAGCGGUGUGGGUAGCCAUGGCGCUCAUUGUGUGCACCAUUCUGAAUCUCGUUGCCGUGAAGUGGUAUGGGGAGAGUGAAUUCAUCAUGGCCUCAACCAAGAUCCUCCUGCUCAUCGGACUCGUCUUCCUGACAUUCAUCACAAUGGUUGGUGGAAACCCCCGACACGAUGUCUACGGCUUCCGGAACUGGACCGACGGCGUGAUGUUCGAGUACUAUACAGAUGGCAACACUGGUCGUUUCCUGGGAUUCUUUUCUGUUAUGGUGUAUGCUGCUUUCUCAGUGGCUGGACCGGAUCUGCCUGCCCUGGCUGCCGGAGAGAUCCAGAACCCGCGAGUCACCAUUCCUCGCGUCGUCAAGAUGACCUUCUGGCGCAUUGUUGGCUUUUACGUUGUCGGUGUCUUGGCCGUCAGCAUCAUCUGCAACCCUCGCGAUCCUCGUCUCAUGUCAGCCAUUAGUGAUGGCGCAUCCGGAUCUGCUGCCUCGCCUUGGGUUAUUGGCAUCCAGAACCUGGGCAUCAGCGGUCUUCCAGAUCUUAUCAACCUGCUCAUCCUGCUGUCUGGCUGGUCGUGUGGAAACGCCUAUCUCUACAGCUCUAGCCGAACGCUUUACUCCCUUGCCCGCGAUGGCCAAGCACCCAAGUUCCUCUUGAAGUGUACUGCCUCUGGUAUUCCUAUCAAUUGUGUGAUUGUGGUAUCGGUCUUGUCAUGCAUCACCUUCCUCGUGGCGAGCAAUUCUUCCGUUGAAGUGUUCUACUGGUUCGUGGAUCUGACCACUAUCGCCUUUGUUCUCACAUACACUGGUAUGCUUUGUGUUUUCAUUGCCUGGUAUCGUGCUAUGAAAGCCCAAGGAAUUGACAGAAAGACCUUUGUGCCCUGGGCUGCACCCUUCCAGCCCUACGGCGCCAUUCUCGCUAUUAUCAUUGGUUGCCUGACAGCUAUCUUCAACGGCUUCUCUGUCUUCAAGCCUUUCAGUGUCCAAGGAUUUAUCACGUCGUACUUCGGCCUCGCAUUCUGGGUCGUCAUGUUUGUUUUUUGGAAAUUCUAUCAUCGCUCCUCAUUCGUGUCUGUGAUCAAUGCAGACUUGUACAGUGGGAAGGCGGAAGUUGACGAAGAAUGCAAAAUUUGGGAGGAGGGUGAUUACGAAGAACGCCGAAAGGCUGAGCUGGCGAAUAUGAAUUGGGUACAUCGGGCAUGGGAGAAGAUGUGGUGA